CAAUGUCACAGAGUGACUGUCAAAACAGACAGCUGAUAGAGUGAUAAUACAAUACUGUGUUUUGUGCUCUAAUUUAAUCAUUUUAUUCAGUUUAAGUACGUUAAAAUGAGUGAAGCACCCAGACUUUUAGUUCUAUACGGCAGCCAGACCUACACGGCUCAGGAGAGGGCUGAAAGAAUAUGGCGAACAACAAAAGUCUUAGGAUUUCGUGGGCCAGUUCAGGCCAUGGACGAAUAUCCAAUAUCUCGCCUUAUUAAAGAAGAAUUUGUGAUUUUUGUGUGCGCUACGGCUGGGCAAGGAGAUGAGCCAGAUAAUAUGAAGAAGUUCUGGAAGUUUCUAUUGCGAAAAAACCUUCCUGCCAACUCUUUAGUGAGGUUAAAAUUUGGAGUACUAGGUCUUGGUGACUCGUCCUAUUUGAAAUUUAAUUUCGCGGGGAAGAAACUUCAUAAGCGAUUAAUCCAGUUGGGGGCUACACCGCUGCUUGAUAUAGGUCUCUGUGACUACCAACAUGACUUAGGUCAUGAUGCAGUAAUGGGUCCCUGGCUGAAAGACUACCUCACAAUACUCAAAAACCAAUACUUCCCUAGCUUAGACAUAGACAACAUCAAAAACACGUUCACACCUCGUUGGAAAGUUACCGUAGACAAAAGUGAGGGAAAUGAGUUUAAACCUCAUUCUAAUGGUUUGAAUGAAGAUAUUUAUUUCGCUAAAGGAGCAAAAGACACCUUUGUAGAUGCAACAUUAUUAGAAAUAACUAAAAAUGUUAGAACUACCCAUGAAUCACAUUAUCAGGAUGUAAGAUUAAUAACAUUACAAACUGCAGAUGAUAGUAAAUUAAAUUAUAAACCUGGAGAUGUAUUUAAUAUAAGACCUCGCAACUGUAAAGCAGAGGUAGAUGAUUUGUUUAAUCUAUUUGAAGAACACAACAUUGAUAUUAAACCUCAUUACAAGUUGAUAGUGGAAGAGUAUCAUGAAGACAUGCCUGUACCAGCGUUCCUAAAACAACCGCACACACUUUACGAAAUAGCCGAACAAUACUGGGACCUACACUGCUACCCCACGCAAUAUGUCUUCUCUCUUCUCGCACAAGUGUCUGAGGAUACGUUAGAAAGAGAGAAGUGUAUACAACUCAGCUCCCCCGAAGGACAGGAGGAUUGGCUUAAUUAUUGUAGAAGGCCUAAGAGGAGUGUGCUUGAGGUCUUACACGAUUUCCACAAAUCAGCUUCCAAACUGACCCUCGAAGUGGUUUUUGAGCUCUUCUCCACCAUAAAACCGCGUUCCUUCUCCAUAGCAAGCAGUUCUCUACCCUCUGAAGGUCGAACCAUAGACCUGUUAGUAGCUGUGGUGAACUAUAGGACUACUAUGAAGAAACCCAGGCUUGGGUUAGCUUCGAACUGGCUGAAGAGUCUGAAUGUUGGUGAUAAAGUCUUUGGGUGGAUCAAAGUUGGGUCUAUGAUAUUUCCGGAUGAUGCUACGACUCCUCACAUCCUAAUCGGUCCAGGCACCGGUCUAGCGCCCUUCCGCAGCCUCCUACAAGAACGCGACAUACUCCGCACGGCACACAAGGAUGUUCUGCACCUGAUCUUCGGCUGCAGAUACAAGGAGAAAGACUUUCAUUGCCGAGAGGAGUUGGAGAAAAUGGUGGAAGAAGAGAAGUUGAGCUUGUACUGUGCUUUUUCGAGGGAUCAGGAGAAGAAAGUUUACGUCGGCAACAAAAUAGCAGAAAACAAAGAGUUAAUCUGGCAGCUACUGAGCCAAGAUGCUCGCAUCUACAUCUCAGGCACAGCCAAGAAUAUGCCUGACAAUGUUCGCGAUGCAUUCAUAGACGCUGUGUUUGGUAAGUGCGGCGGACAUACUGUGGAUGAAGCCAAGAAACUGUUGAAAGAUAUGGAAAAUAAUGGCAGGUUUCAAGUUGAGGCUUGGUAAAAGUUUUGAGAAAAAAUUGUGAACUAAGGCCAGGCCUAUACUCUGUUUAAAAGGUAAACAGUCUUAAUAUGACUUUUUAUGUUAAAAAACACCUUAAGAAUAAAAUGCGACUAAAAUUCAAUGUUUAUUCAAUAGUGAUUGCCACUUAAUCAAUUGAAUCGUUGUUUUAUGCAGUAGUUUAUUUUAAAAUAUGUAUUUGUGUAAAAAGUCCUGUCAAGAUGGUUUACCUUUUUUUUGACUACCUAAACCAAUGGAGUACCUAUAGUGUUGUUUGAGUUUAGAACACAUCUCUAGUUAAGAACGUGCCUGACAAUGUUCGCGAUGCGUUCAUAGACGCUGUGUUUGGUAAGUGCGGCGGACAUAGUGUGGAUGAAGCUAAGAAACUGUUGAAAGAUAUGGAAAAUAAUGGCAGGUUUCAAGUUGAGGCAUGGUAAAAGUGUGGUGAACUAAGGCCUAUACUCUGUUUAAAAGGUAAACAGUCUUAAUAUGACUUUAUAUGUAACAAAAACACCUUAAGAAUAAAAUGCGACUAAAAUACAAUGUUAAUGCAAUAAUGAUUGCCAAUUUAUCAAUUAUUUUGAAUCGUUGUUUUAAGCAGUAGUUUAUUUUUAAAUAGGUAUAUAUUUGUGUAAAAUGUCUUGUCAAGAUUGUUUACCGUUUUUUAAGUGUCUACGUCUAAGCUAAGAGACUGCUUAAAGAUAUGGAAGAUAUGGCAAACUAAAGCCUGCAAACCGAUUCCGUGUAAGUUAGUUAUCUGAUAGUUAAUAUCUGCCAGGUAAAAGCUGUUCAUAAUUUCUGCCAAAUAUUGCUAUUCGAGAAACUGAAAGUUAUAGUUUAUCUGUCAGGUGAAUUCCUGAUAGGCUAUCAGUAACUGGUGAAACUGGUCAUAAAUGACAUGAGUAAAUAGAUAUUUUAUUUCACGAAAGGAGGUUAACUGUACUUGUGUGUGUAAAUGUAGAUGCACAUUGUAUUAAGCUCGGGAAUGCUCAAUUGUGGCCAAGUCAAACUAAGACAAUGAGAACUAGAGCUCACCCGCUUUAGUGAAAUAAACCAUCUUUACUUGACUUUUGGAAUUUCUUGGAAUCAAAAAUGAUUUCAAGUUCUGUAUCAAGUUGUUUCGUUUUUAUAGUAAUGUUAAUAACGUUGAUAUUUGUAUAUUUGCAGUAAUUAGGUUAAUUAAGUUAUAAAAUGGAGUGAUUCAAGCUAUUUAUGCGUGCUACGGCUGUUGUUAUCUAGUCGGCUAUCGAAUAAUUGAGCUUGUAAGCGUUUGUGUUGUGAAAUAUAACUUUAAAUUAUAUUACCUAAUAAUGCUUCAUAUACUCCAAUUGAUUUGUUUAGUAUUGUAUCGAGUCUGCUUACACAAUUGCUUUCUCUAUAGUCACAAACAAAAUAAAAUCUGAAAAUUAAUCAUAGAUGGCGAUUUUUUUUGGGCGGUGGAGCGAAAGGAAUGUCUGACUUUUGCUGGCUAAGGUGCUCUGCAGACAAAAAAAAAAUUGCACAAUGUUAUUGUUUUACGGGCCGCCUAAAAUCCGUGUUCUUUCAAUAUAACUUAGCUUUCAUACUACCGCGUGUAAUUCAUUCGGUCCCGUAGCUUCGGCAAGUGCCUUUUCUACUAAGCUUGAUAUCUAUUUCUAUGUAUAAAGAAUUAUGGUUUACUUACGGGUUAUAGGAAGUAUUCAAUAUAAAUAUGUUUUAAACAUCACAUUUCUUUGAUAAUUAUAUAAUUAGAGGGUGUAUUUAAAAUACAAAUGGUUGUAAUUUAUUAAGUAAUAAUAGUGGUAAAUAUAGGUUAUGUUUUCUUUGUGUUUUUAGAAGAUAAUUAUGACUUCUUAUUCCUCAUUUAGAGACGAACGGAUUGAGCUCAAAGAGGAAUAUAUGUACCUCGAAUAUAAUUAAAUUUUAGCAUGAUUUUUGAGUCUUGGUCAAAUAAUUAAUUAGACUUUUAAUUAGGACUAUUAGUUAGACCGUUUCUUUACUAUAAUAUCAUUCAUAAGUCAUGGUUUUUUUUGUUCUGUUAAAUAAAUAGUAACAUAUAGGUCACUGUGAUAAUAUACCUAUAAAAAAUAUUGUAUAUUUGUAUAAUAUA